UAAAGAAAAACUCAAAUUAUCUUGAAUUUGGUUAGGCAAUUAACCCUAACAUUUAUGCGACUUUAUAUAAAGCCGCGCUACCGCGCGCGCCUCGCCCCAAACACCAGUAAUUCGCUUUUUUUCGCGUUAUACGUCAAGCCAUGCUCUUGUGCUGCACAUACCUCACAGACUUUAAGGAGUUUCCGCGGAGCACUGAUUGAUGGUCUCAACAAAACCGUGUCGUCGGCGUAGAUAAUUUGACCAUCUAUAGAACAGCCAACACCGGUGUUGUUGAGCCCACGGACCAGCUCCUUUACAUAAAUAUUGAAUAGUGUGGGAGAGCUCAAUCCUCCCUGCCUCACCCCACACACUGCCCGAUAAGCUUCAGAUAAGGAACCCAAAGACCUUACUUGGUUUGUCUGAUGAUGGUACCAAUACUUGAAUAAUUAUAUUGGUGACACCAUCGCUAGACCAUUGUACAAUAAAAAACAAACAUACAGGUGAAGCUAAUAAAAAGCGUGUAAAAAAAUAUAGCAAUUGACAUUUCCACCGUACUGUGGCGAAUAAAAAAAGUUUAAAUUUAUUAUGGAUGUGAAAUGCAUGCUAAAAGAUGAUUCUGGUUGUGAACUUUCUACGAUAUGAUGGUUAUACUUAUUGAAUUUAAAGGUGAUUCUGACUUACAAAAUUAUGAGUUUCGGUGUAUGGUAAAUGUGUGUAUGCCAAACGAUUUUCUGCGAAAAGACGUUCAAACGUGGUUAUCCGUUGUUACGCAAAAUAAAAUUAUGACGACUGUUAUGAAGGGCGGACCCUCCUUACAGAGCACUUAUAAACUUAAUUAUAGUUGAAAUGUCUUAAGUUGGUAAAGGCAUUAAAAGUAGGUAACUAUUAAGUAGGUAGCAUAGGCAUAGGUACUUGCUAAUCAUUGGAGUCAUUUAAGCAUUUUCUAACUAGAUAUCUACUUAUAUACCGUACAUUUAAGUGGUAGUUAUUAGAGUUGUCCAGUAACCUCUAGCUUUACAUAAAAAUAGCUUUUAUUUCUUUGCUCUUAAGGCAUUUUUUUCAACAGUUAUCUUUCAUUGUGGUAUGAAAGUUUAUUUAAAACAAAUAGUUGAAAGAUUAAGUAGGUACCUUAGUAAGAUUAAAACGUUCUAUACCAAUUCAGUCAGAAAGAUGUAUUUAGCCGGCUUGGUCGUGUUCAGUGUGUUGUUCGUGGGUUGCUGUGGCUCGGAACCGCUGCGUUUCCCGACGUGGUUCAAGUUCGGUGCCGCAUCGUCUGCCUACCAGGUCGAAGGGGCCUGGAACGUCAGUGAUAAAGGAGAAAGCAUUUGGGACUAUUUAGUGCACACACGCCCAGAAAUAGUAGCUGGUGGUGGUAACGGUGACGUGGCGUGUGACUCCUACCACCUGUGGAGACGAGAUAUUCAGAUGUGUGAGGAGUUAGGGCUGGACACGUACAGAUUUUCCAUAUCCUGGUCUCGUUUGCUCCCGUCAGGAUACCCCAAUAUCAUCAGCGAGGACGGCAAGAAUUACUACAACAAUUUGAUAGACGGACUGCUCGAGAAGGGGAUCGAACCGGUUGUGACGGUACAUCAUUUUGAUUUGCCGCAGUCUUUACAAGACUUAGGUGGCUGGGCCAACCCCCUUAUAGUCGACUGGUUCACAGACUACGCGCAAGUAGUAUUCUCUCUGUUCGGUGACCGAGUCACGUACUGGGUCACUAUCAACGAACCAUUUAUUCUCUGCGAAGGGGUUUUCCCUCUGUUCCUCGCUCCGUACUAUGACGAUCCGAACAUUGGACGGUACUUAUGCAAUAAGAACGUUUUGGUCGCCCAUGCUAAGGCGUAUAGAAUGUAUGAUGACCUGUUUAGGAGUAAAUAUAAUGGAAAGCUCUCGUUGUCUACUCUUUUCUUCUGGUUUGAGCCAGCCACGCCAGAAGACGAAGAAAUAACUGAUUUAAUGUUUGAGUUUUGGGAGGGACGAUACGCACAUCCAAUUUUUUCAAAAGAGGGAGGAUGGCCUGUCAAACUGGAAAAAAAUCUGGCUGAUAAUGCAAGAAUGGAAGGUUACUCACACCCGCGACUGCCACCAUUCACAUCUGAAGAAAUAGAUCUGGUUAGAGGUACAUACGACUACUUUGCUUUGCAACACUUCACGAGCCGGCUGGUUCGACGCCUGCGCCCUGGAGAGAGGAACCCCAUGUGGCCGCUGAUAGGUUCCUCGGAGAUGGGCAUUAUCAUGGAGAGUCAUCCCUCCUGGGUCAGCGUCAACGACUGGUUUGCGAUAUGGCCUCAAGGUUUCCACAAGCAACUGAACUGGUUGAACACAACAUACGACCUGAAGGAGAUCUUCAUCACGGAGAAUGGGAUUCCCUUAGGACCUGAUGUGGACGACACGCUGCGAGUGGAAUACCACAGGAGUUACUUGGAACAAAUCUUGCAAGCUUUACACGAAGGAGUCCCUAUAACAGGAUACACAGCGUGGACAUUGAUGGACAACUUUGAAUGGGUGUCAGGAUAUACGGUUCAGUUCGGGUUGUACUCCGUGAACUUCACAGACCCGAUGCGCACGCGCACGCCCCGCACGUCAGCUAAGUACUACGCAAACGUCACCAGGACUCGCAUGCUCUAACCUCAGAAUCAUACCAAAUGAAUUGUGUUGUGAAUAAAUAAA